AGACGGAUUACUAACACCGAAUACACGCCAGGCACCUCACUUAUUUACAGAGAGUAGGUAUGUGGUUAACGGUAGGUGCGCUGAUAGAUACCAAUGCCGUGUGUUCCUUACAUCUUCUGACUGUGAGGCGUUUUAUAUAGGCCUACCUUGUCUAAACCGAUACCUCCACUGGCCGGCGUACAUCUGACAGUAACACACUGAUUGAAACAGUAGCCGUUAUGUUGAACGCUGAUCACCGACCGAACAGCCCUAGCCAAUAGGAUGCCGUCGCCAUAUAUGGAUUGCCGAGCAGUACUCUGAUGUGUAUUCCCUGUUGCUUCCAUGGCCGAUAGUUUCGCAUAAUUUAUUCGCCCUGGUGCUGGCAUCUUUCGUAUCGGUCCGUUUCUCCGAUCUCCACGGAUCUUCUGUAGAUUACAACACGACAUGGAGAUGAUAUAUUUAUCAUGGCGCCGUAAAAGGAACUAAAGAUCGAAGUGUGUUGUGGAGAAAAUCGCGGAUGGAACUGUAAAUCCGGGGGAAUCAGUCGGCUAGUAGACCUGCUGUAGGAAACAUACCUCUCGUAUUGUAUUUACACAUAUAUAUAUAUCUACAUAACCCAGCUUCCGUUUUAAGCGAACACACGGACAACCGUUUUAUUUUAGUCGAAUUGUCUUCUUUUUAAUACCAACAACUAUUACGACAUUACCAGAUCAAUUUUAUCCUGUCUUUCGACCAGAAAGCGAGAACUAACCAACCGAGGUGUGAUGUAUAUUGAGAUAUAUAUAUGAUUUACCUGUGUUUUACCUGUGAAGGUAGACGUGAGUGGAUUAUACAUUGUCAAUAACCAGGUAAUACCAAGAUCGUUCUCAGCUGUUUUAUUCACAAACCGGGGAUAAAAUGCACAACGGUGAUGUGUUAAAUUACCCGAAAAUUUGGAACUUGUCCGUGUAAUUACAGGUAUCACUGUCGUCAUAACAACCAGGUGAUAUCUAAAUUUAACCUGAAUUUAUUUUCGAUAUUUUACUGUUUGUGAAAUUUAUAUCGUUUUCUGAAGGUAACCGAAUUCUACCCGCAGGUAUAUAUACUGAUUGAUCCAAGCCGUUUCGUUUCAAUGUUGAUUAAUUUUUACCAAAUCGGACCCAAGGACUACUCGAGUGGAACCAAUUCGACACCAAUGAGUGUAUAGUGCCUACCCAAAUCGUAUUGAUUUUACCAUAAUUGGGACCGAUGUGUGUACAUGUUAGAGGACGUCGUCACCAAUGAUACCGGCAGUUGAAGUUAAAGUAAAGCGGUCCUUGCAAUGACCUCGGGCGGAGGACGAUUUGAUUUCGAUGAUGGGGGGACGUACUGUGGCGGUUGGGAAGAUGGCAAGGCCCACGGACACGGGGUCUGCACUGGCCCCAAGGGUAUGGGCGAGUACGCCGGGGCCUGGCAGUUUGGUUUCGAAGUGUCAGGAAUCUAUACCUGGCCUAGUGGUAAUAAAUAUAGGGGCCAGUGGUUCCAGGGUAAACGGCAUGGACUGGGUUCGGAGAACAAGGGCCGAUGGAUUUAUCGCGGAGAAUGGACUCAAGGAUUUAAGGGCCGAUACGGUGUAAGGGCCAGUAAUAAUUCCGGUGCACGUUACGAGGGAACGUGGACGACAGGAUUACAGGACGGAUAUGGAUGUGAAACAUACGCCGACGGAGAAGAAUUCCUCAAAGAGAAGCAAGUGGCACCAGGCACGUACCAAGGUCAGUGGUUGCGAGGAACUCGUCAUGGUUAUGGUGUACGAUCCAGCGUGCCUUACGGUCUGGCCUCCCAUUACCGUCCUAAGAAGAUUCGUGACUCCCUCACAUCGCUCCGCAGUGAAAAUGAGGAUGAACAAGUUGUUAAAAACAGGGAUAAGAAACUUGAUGAAAGUCGUGGUGGUUUUGUUUUAAAAGCCAGAAGUGAUGAAACACCUCCGAGUCGACGACGCUCCAUCUUUGAUAAACAGGGUCGAUCUAGUUUACGUAAAACUUUAAUGUCGGGUUUAAAAUUAAAGAAACAGAAAAGUACAGGAGACAUAAACGAUUCCCCGAAACGACAAACAGGGUCCGUUCGCAGUACGAUUAGUAAUAUUAGCCACGUGAGUGCUGAUUCUACUCAGUCUGGAAUGACCAACGCCUCAGUUUAUACAGACAGUAAUUUAAGUUUUGUUAGUCAAGACGACAUAACAGAUCUGAAUGUGACUGAAACGUAUAUGGGAGAGUGGAAAAAUGACAAGCGUUCGGGGUUCGGUAUUAGUGAACGUUCGGACGGUUUAAAAUAUGAGGGAGAGUGGUAUAACAAUAAAAAAUAUGGAUACGGUGUUACGAAUUUCAAAGACGGCACGAAAGAGGAGGGAAAAUAUAAAAAUAAUGUUUUAAUUUCUUCUGGAAAGAAAAAUAAGUUAUUCUUAAUACGGACUUCUAAAUUACGAGAAAGGGUGGAUAAUGCUCUAUUAUCAGCACAAAGAGCAGCACAAAUAGCGCUUCAAAAAGCUGACAUUGCCAUUACCAGGAUGGCUAAUGCUAGAGCUAAAGCUGAGCAAGCAGAUGCAGCUGGAGAUAAAGCGCAACAAGACUGUGAUGUGGCAAGAUUAAAAGCCAAAGAAUAUGCCCCAGAAUUCCAUCAACCAGGCACAGAUAUUUUAAAGAAACAAAUGGAAAAUAAUGAACAGGAUUACGAUUUUAGUUAUGUGAAACCAAUGCAGAAUCACAAUCCGCAUCGCUCUAAGUCUAUGACGGUGCGUUCGGAUCAGGAGCAUCUAGAUCCUGGUGCUAUUCCAAUGAUGUCGAAUCUUUCAUACCAACAACAAAACAGUGAACCUCGACAACCUAAUGAUAUCGGAAAUACGGCGGGAUACACAGGGUAUGGCAAUGGUGGUGCAGGAUUCAAUACUUUAUCCGCCAACCCUCAAGGCCAGGAGAAAAUGCAGGCGCUCAAUGUUAACCAACACCAUCGUAGCCCAUCGUUAAAAGUUCGCCGCUACAGUUUCUUGGCUGGAUCUAGACGUGGUCGCGGGUUUAGUGAAAUAUUUAAUUCAACUAUACUUAAUGAUCAUUUUGAUCAGUAUUCAGCCCUAAGAGAUGACAGCGGAUUGGGUAAAGAUAUUUAUACUAAUGAUGAACGGUCUCGUAUGGGACCGAUUGACACUUCCCCUGAUUCAGGUGUUUCAGACUCUCUAGAUGAGGAUAGUAAAAAUCGUCCGCUACAACGGCGUCGAACUCUACCAUGUAUUAUAAAUAAACCUGACGAUAAUAUCAAGCAAGAACUAGCGGAAAAAGAGACAGCUCACAGUAGUGAAAACUUAGCAAGUAAAAAUAGCGAAAGUUAUAUUAUAGAAAACGGCAUCCGAAAACGCAUUAGGGCGGAAGUACAUCAAAAUCCAGCACGUAGUAAAGGUGAUUUACCCAAUGAAUAUAAAAUAGAAAGCCAAAAUAAAUUAGGGGCAACUUCAAACAGGGGUAGUCUUCCAGACUUGAAAAUGGUCAAUCAGCAGCCAAUGGGGCGUGAGGAAGUUUAUCGUCUGGGAACAGCAAGGAGGGAGGAGAUACGAAGAUUACAGGAUGUAGCUGAGAGAAGACGCCAAGGAGAUGUUGGGGUUAUACUAGGAGAUCUUAAGGACUGGUGCCAAGAAAGACAACUCCUGGUAUUAGUUAUUGCCAUCAACCUCAGCCUAGCAACCAUGUUCUUUAACUUGCUUUCAUGAGACAGACCUGCUACCUUUCUCCAUGGCAACAGAAUGGUUGAUACCGUCACAGGAAAGCUCGACCCCAGAUUUUGGGUCCCCGGAACGAAUGAAACCAUUAGUGUCCACUUGUUGACCUUUGACUCAAGUGACCUUUGACAUGUGGUUGAGAUUAAAAGGUUACAGGUCAAGGCUGUUUGUUUGACUGUUAAUCCCUAAAAAAAAAAAAAAGUAUGAGAAGUUUCGACAAGUACAUGCUUUCUAUUGAGAUUUCAACAUCUGUGAAUAAUGAUGUUCACCCUAUCAGAAUUAUGGAAUCGUUCAUUUUUAAAACUUUUUUUGUUUGUUUCAUACAUCAUAAUGUGAACCAUGACACUUCUACCCCGAAAUCAUUUAGUCUUACUGCUAGAAUUAAAACCAUUUUUAGGAGAGAACCAAAAACGAUCAAUACGAAGUGAUAUUAAAACAGUCAUAACAAUGAGUGAUGUGUUGUUCAAUCGUGUUCAUAAUGGAGAGACCUUAACCUUGCCAACACCAUCCAGUGACCUUGACACCAUGGCAACAAGUUACCCUUGAUGAUAUAUUUGCAUAAUAUAUAGUUGUUAUGACAACCAUUAAUGAAAGAAGUAUUUGUCCAGAUUAUCACAAAGUUCAAUGGAUGUGUUUGUCUCCAAGUGUGUGCGUGUUGAUUAUUAUUAUUAUUAUUAUUAACAUGAUAAUAUAUUGUUUGGUUAAUUUAAAUAUCCAACGGUUGAGAUUUUUUAUUUUAUUUUUUCCCAGAAUUCCCCUAAACUGUGAUAAAAGAAGAAAUCUCUGGGCCAAGUGUAAUAUAUUUAUAUUUAAAAAAUCAAUUUGUAAAUUUUAUUGGGACAAUUUAGCAAGUCAUAAUAUCAAUUAUUUUGAGAGAAAAUUUAAAAUGGUUUCAAAAACACAUUAAUAAUAAAGUUUACUUUUCAAAUUUAGAAAUUAUAUAGAUACUGAAGUCAACGUCCUUUUUUGGGUUGAGUUAUUUAUUAUUAGCCUGAUCUCAUAUAGAUAAUAUUAAAAUUUAGGAUGUAAAUAAUUCAAGACAAAAUUGGUUUGAAUUGUAAGAUUGAGAUUUCACCAUUUUGCAUUUUAUGUUUUUGAAUAUUUGUAUAUUAUGCCUUGCUAAUCUUCCAAACAUUGUGUACAGAUUGUGUUUCCUUAUAUGGAAGUAAUUUAUUAAUAAUUUAUUAUUUCAUCUUUAAACCAAGUCGAUAGUUUUUUUGUCAAGUGUUAUAUUGGAAGGGAUAAAUUAUUGAUUAAUUUUUAAAAUCCCUUUCUUGUGAUUUUUGUCUUGGAAAUAUAUCUGAAUGGGCCGAUAUAAAUUAUUCUUUAUAUAAUUGCCUCCUUUCUCCCUUGUAAAAUAUUUUCUUAAGAUUUCAAGAAAGUUAUCUUCCCUUUGUACAGGGUUCCAUGUGAGGCCAUUCGAUUUAUGUCCCUUGGUUUAAAAAAAGACUACAAUUGUAUGAUAUUGAAGAAUGAAAACAUGUAAACUUUCAUUACAAAACAAAAUGCAAUUUGCUCCUUUAAACUUCCCUGCCACCACUGGCCACUCCUUUACCAUUGAUUUUCGUCAAAUUAUUUUUAAUAAUUUCUAUCAAUGUGAAUUUGCAGGAUAUAAGUUUGUCCUUGUACAUUUUUGACUUAGUUUUUGGGUGUAGAAUCUUUUUUUUUGUUUAAUUAUUAACAUAACUUAAUUUAUUUUUCAAUUUUUUUUUUCUUUCAUUUAAUUCCAUAGUAUUUCAAAGCGUUCCAAAACCACUGAAAACGAGACUUUGUGUCCCAAAAAGUGGUUUAAUUUUAGUCUCAUUUGCCUGCCGUAGACUAGAAUACCAUAGUCUCUUUUUGCCUGCCUAUUUGUAGACUAGGUUUUUUUGUACAUUAGAUGAGUCUUUGAUGUGUUUGUAUUUUAGUCAAAACCAGAUUCUUCAGUGAAUUUCAACCAAAUGCCACCAUCUUGGUUGCCAUUCUGGCAGCCAUUUUGGAUAGAAGUGUUGGAUGACAUAGCAACAUGUUUAGAAGCGCAAGAUGGGGUCACAUGACCAGCCUUGUUAAUUAAACAUGAAUUACUAUGGUUAUUUAUUAAACUGACAACUUUUUAUUUGAAGGAGUGUUUUAACUGUGAAUAAAUAGUACAUAAAUUUUAA